GAGGUGUGCAAAGAAAAGCAUCGAAGUUUUCCCCACCUCUAGCAGCUAGCAAAAGCAAAAUAAAACGCAAAGGUAGAAGCAGCGACGAGACAGCAGGAGUGCGGGAGAACGAUAGCAGUAGCAGCAAACAGCAACAACACAAGACAACAACAAAGACGCAAAGCAUGAGCUGAGGAGUGAGGGGUGCAAAAUCCAACUGCAGACAAUAAAAAAAAAUAAUAAAAACACAAACACAUACACGCACAAGCACACACCAAAUUCAACAACAGAAUUCAAAUUGGAAUUCACAUUCGACAUUGUUUAUCUCUGGAGCAAGGAUCUAGGACAAAGAAGCAAUCACGGCGUCGCAAUUGCAGCAUUUCUUUUACACUACCAACAACAACAACAUUCAAAACACAAGCAGUAGCAGCAACAAUAAGAGCAACAACAACAACAUCAACAACAUGAGCACAGUGUUUAUAAACUCACGCAAAAGCCCAAAUGUCCUGAAAAAACAAGGCACCGACCAGUGGGUCAAAUUAAAUGUGGGUGGCACCUAUUUUCUGACCACCAAAACAACACUGUCCCGUGACCCAAAUUCAUUUCUAUCCCGUCUCAUACAAGAGGAUUGUGAUUUAAUAUCAGAUCGGGAUGAGACUGGCGCCUAUCUAAUUGACAGAGAUCCUAAAUAUUUUGCUCCUGUGCUCAAUUAUCUAAGACAUGGCAAACUUGUGCUCGAUGGCGUCUCCGAAGAGGGUGUCCUUGAAGAGGCUGAAUUCUAUAAUGUUACACAGCUGAUAGCUCUGCUUAAAGAGUGCAUCAGUCACAGGGAUCAGCGUCCUCAUGCCGAUAAGAAGCGAGUUUAUCGUGUUUUACAAUGCCGUGAACAGGAACUGACUCAGAUGAUCUCAACACUGUCCGAUGGCUGGCGUUUUGAGCAGUUAAUCACUGUUGGCAUGCAGUACUCCAAUUAUGGACCAUUUGAAAAUAAUGAGUUCCUUUGCGUGGUAUCUAAAGAAUGCGGAUCGACAGCUGGUCGUGAAUUGGAGCUAAAUGAUCGGGCCAAAGUCCUGCAGCAGAAGGGAUCGCGAAUUCUGGGAAUAUAAACAUUUGCAUCUAUAUCCUUAUCCUUCUAUCCUCACCCCUUCCUCUUCAUUCUACAUGCUACAACAAUUACAACAACAUCAUCCAUACACAACAACAACAACAACAUAAAAUCGGACAUGAAACUCUAUAAUCAAAGUAUAUAACAGUCAGUCAGUCAAUCAAUCAAUUAAUUGAAUUUCAAAUUUUAUAUAAAUUAUUGCAAAAAAAGAAAAACAAAA